AUGGCUCUGUCUGAUUCCAAGCUGGGACCAACAGUAAUCAUGUUUAGCAUUGUCAGGCUGUUAAUCUCCCGUAGCGGCCCGUGUCCAAGCGCACAACUCCAGUCACGCAACAACGCAUCGCAACUUGACCCGGCAUCCUUGCCUCGCUCAGCGACUGCCAUCGACCCUUUGCCCUCAUUACAGCGAAGAGGGUUGAUUGCCGUUUCGGCUCUCGCGUCCAUUUCCUUGAUAGCGACCUCCUCCCUCCUGGUUUUCCUCACACAUCGCUUCAUUUCCUGGCGGAGCCACUAUCGACGUCCCUUACGUUACAACCAAUACGCCGUCCUUGUCUACAAUCUGGCAUUAGCAGAUCUACUACAGGGCUUAGGAUUCAUUAUCAGUCUGCGAUGGAUUUCUACGAACUCCCUUCACGCUUACGAUGUCUCUUGUUUUCUUCAAGGGAUUUGGUUACAGAUCGGGAAUCCCAUGAGUGGGAUGUUUGUUCUUGCUAUUGCCGUGCAUACUUUCCUGCAGAUCAUGCUAAACUACCAGCUUGGCCAUAGGGCAUUUGUGAUUUUAUUAGUUGGACUGUGGGUGCUCGGCGUGGCCAUGGUCAUUAUUCCAAUCGCGGUCGUGGGCCGGUAUGUCUGGCUCCCUGCAAUCGCCUGGAAGUGUUGGAUACCAAAUGAAUACCCGUCACUGCGUCUGUGGACACACUACUUCUGGAUCUUCGCCGCGCAGUUCUUCAUGGUCUUGCUAUAUAUUAUCAUGUUCAUCCAACUCCGACGCAGAAUCACUGAAUGCGUUAGGCUAGGAGGACGCAACACUGACAGCCUCCGCCGUUUGAACCGUAUCGUCUGCUACCUGGUCCUAUACCCAAUCAUUUAUAUUGCUUUGACAUUACCCCUUGCCAUUGGUCGGAUGGAAAAUGUAACCGGACAUCGUCCCAGCGUCACGUACUUCUGCAUCGCUGGGUCGCUGAUGACAUUGUCUGGUCUUUGUGAUACGGUCCUAUAUACCCUGUCGCGGAAGAAUUCGAUCCUGGGACUGGAGCAGAAACCGACAGCACACUCUGGACACAGCCGACUCAGCUCUGGCAGAAGACCAACGCUGCAGAAUGUAGGACCUCCCAUGAUGGACACCGGCCCAGCAAUAUCUAUAUUUGCUGAUGUGGACCGCGGCGAUGCUACCGACGAGAGUGUCCCAAAUGGAGCAAUCGAGUAUCCGGUCAUGGAUCACAACUCAGCAUCGACUGGAAGUCACAUCGACGCGCCAUCAGAACACGACGAUCGAUGUGACACUCGAACUAGUGCAGCCAACAGGGGCGGCCUAUCAAGCCCUACAAUUCAACCU